CACUCCCUCUUUCCUCAGAUCAUUUUCCUUCUCGAAAUCGUUGACCUUUGUAGUUGGAAAGUUAUUCUGGCUCAAUCUCUCCGGUGUUUGCAACGCCCCAAAACAAGGUCAAGCUGGUGGGAAGUGGACGAACCUGGCUGGUAUAGUGGCGCCCAAUUUCGAAAGGGCUUACUCGUGCUGUAGGAGCAUCCCACUUAGUGAUAUAUCCGUUAGAUCAAGCAUCUCAUGAUGGAGAUGACUUUGGGUGUGAAUCACCAGAGAAUCAAAACGAAUGGUAUAUGGAUUCACGUAGCUGAAAAAGGGACUGGACCGCUUGUUUUGCUACUUCAUGGCUUCCCAGAAAUCUGGUAUGCUUGGCGCCAUCAGAUUACCUUCUUGGCCAAUCAUGGCUACCAUGUGGUUGCACCUGACUUGAGAGGAUAUGGAGACUCUGAUUCACCUCUCCUCCCCUCUUCUUACACUUUCUUCCACGUAGUUGGCGAUCUAAUUGGCCUACUCGAUCACUUUGGCGUGCAACAGGCCUUCGUGGUGGGAAUCGACUGGGGAGCACUGGCUGCUUGGUACCUCAGCCUGUUGAGGCCAGAUAGAGUUAAGGCGGUCAUAGCUCUUACCGUUCCAAUUUCACCCAGAUCUCCAAAUGUCAAAUACCUCGAAUCCUUUGAGCAAAUGUUUGGAAAUGAUUUCUACAUUUGUCAAUUUCAGGAACCAGGGAGAGCAGAAAGGUCAUUCUCGAGGUACGAUUAUCUCACGGUGAUGAAGAAGUUCCUUCUCUUGACGCAGACUGAUCUUUUAAUAGCACCACCUGGAAUGGAGAUAAUUGACUAUUUAAGAACCCCUUCAUUCUUGCCAUCCUGGAUUACGGAAGAAGAACUACAAGUAUUUGCGGACAAGUUCCAGGAGACUGGAUUUACGGGAGCUUUGAACUACUAUCGAGCUAUGGACCUCAACUGGGAGCUUCUAGCACCAUGGGAAGGGUCAAAGAUAACAGUUCCGGCUAAACUAAUAAUUGGCGACAAGGAUAUCGGAUUUGAUUCAGGGGGAAGAAGGGAAUAUAUAGAGGGGAAUAUAUUCAAGAAUUUAGUUCCCAACCAUGAAGUUGUCAUCAUUGAUGGCCAUCACUUCAUACAACAAGAGAAACCUCAACAAGUUUCGGAUGAAAUUUUAUCCUUCCUCAAAAAACACUGUUAAGUCAUUGCUGUACUUCAAGAAUACAACUGCACAGGAACUGCAGGCCGAUGAGACUGAGAACAGACACACACACAUAUAUACACCUUCAUUGUUAAUGUGAUGUAACUUUUUCUUGCAUUUGGAUUUUAUUAUGAAUAUUGAAAUGUGUUUCAUACUGCUAUUCAAUGUCACAUAGAGUAGUACAAGUA